AUGGCGACUAGUGAUAACUAUGAAUAUAUGAAUGAAAACUCAAUUCAUGAAGAUCUCCUCUGUCCAAUAUGCACUGAUCCACUUGAAGAUCCUGUUAGUGCUAAUGAAUGUGGACAUACAUUUUGUCAUAAAUGUAUCAUGGAUACUUUUCGCGAUAUGUCCACAUGUCCAACUUGUCGUCGUGAUUUGACACUUGAAGAUUUUCAUCCUGUAACCAUACGUCCUUUUCUCAAUCAACUUAAUCAAUUACUUGUUAAAUGCAAAUGGUGCUCGCAAAUUAAUAUUCAACGAGGUAAUUUCAAAGAUCACAGUACAAAUUGUACGAAAGUACUAAUAUCAUGUCCAGCAGCCCAUCUUAAAUGUGAUUGGAAGGGUCAACGGGAUAAAAUACAAAGUCACAUUAGUGAAUGCCCAUUAGUAAAAGUGCAACCAAUGAUAGAUGAACUCAAUGCAUUAGUCAAACAGCAAGCAGAACAAAUACAUUUUCUCUAUACAAUACUGGAUAAAACAUCGAAGAGUCAGAAAAAGGCAUGUCAAGAGUACUAUAAAGCAAAUGGAGUAGCAUAUUGUGAUACUUGUAAAAAAAAAUUUACAUUUGGUGAGCACAAACGACGCCUACAUUUUUGUCCUGACACAGACUUUUGUUCUGAUUGUGUGAAAAAGUAUUUUCCAUAA